AUGCCGUUCGCGUCUGGGGCGUUCACGGCCUGCGCGCGUGCGGUGUUCAAGCCAAGGAUGGUCAACGGGACUGUGACAUUGAAGCUCUACCACGUGGCAUGGUUGGAGCACGUGGUACGCAAAUACCGUGGUCAUUCUGACGACUUAACGUAUCUGGGCGAGUGUGCUUACGUGCGCGCGUAUGUGGUUUGCCGUGCGCAGAUCGUGGACGGCCUCCACGUCCUCGUCAAGGCUGCGGUUAGGGCCGCCAUCGCGGAUUUCCGACCAGCCUAUGACGAGGCAUCCCAGAGCUGGGAGUGGGGCCGCCAUGGUCUCCGCAUAUCGGCCGACGGCAUCGCUGCAAGUGAAGCAGUGGGCGCAGAGGCCACCGUCAGCCGCGGUACUCCGCAGGCCUAA